AUGUUUCUGUACCAGACCCCCCCCGCCAAAUGUUUUGGGAUGCUGCAUGCGAGGCACUUACCCCAGCGGCCGCUUGCCAGAGGGGCUAUUGCCGACCGCCUCCGGAGCGAUUGCUUCGAAUUUUCUCCGUGCGCGCGCACCCGCCGUUACCCUUGGCGAUUCGGCGGCGAGCGCAGCCGUGUUGCUGUCGCAGCAGCGCAGUUGUCCGCAAUGACGGCGGGGACAGGCGGAGCGGGGGAAUCAAGGGUGGUGGAGAGCGGGGGAAGCGGGGAGAGUCGGGAGUGGGAGAUGGGAGAGGGAAGAGUGCGAGGAGAGGGAGGACGCGUGAACAUCGUUCCGCGGCAAGAAGCGGUGGAGGAGAAGCGGGCGGGCACGGCUGCAAGGGGAGUGAGCGUGGGGGAGGUGGUGCGGGGCAGCGGCGUGGAGGAGGGAGGGCUGGCAGCCGCGUCACACAUGACCGUGCGUGAGGGCGAGCACGUGGAACGAGGCUGUGCUGCAGGGGUGGGAGCGAGGGCAGCAGCAGGGCGAGGAAACAGUGCGGCAGCAGAGAAGCGGGGCACAGCAGGCCCGCUCUCACACGCGCACGCACAGCCCGCACCCACGUGUGCUGACCUGCCUGUGCUGGCCGCCAUGACGCCAGG